AUGGCAGUAUCGAUGAACGCAACUCCCGAAGAAGAGGAGACGCCGCCGCCAAAGUGGAGGAGAAAGGAAGAGGAGGAAGAGGACGUUGGAUGCCAGCCUGUUGGCUCAUGCCCUCAUGGAUCCGUCGGGAUCAUGGCGAUCCUUGUGUCAACUGGUCUUUUCUGUUUGUCCGCUGCCGCAGCUGGUAGUUGUACCUUUGUUCUCGUCGACACCGUCGAAAGAAAUGGUUUAAGCUUCGAAGAUCGUAGAAUAGGGCUGUAUCGGUUUGAAGAUAAGCGUACAGACUCCUCCUGUUUAUUUUGGACGUCUGGUGAGAACGCCGAUCGUGUGUACAAUAGUCACUGGAGUGCUGCUCGUGCCCUUGUCUGGGCCGCCUUGAUCCUAACGCUCGUGAGCGCAGUCUUUCUAUGCAGUGCCAGCUGCUACGCGCAUCCCAGAAAGCUCUUCCAAUCGCUCUCUUUUUUAUUUAUUUUCAACUCUACGCUGUUUGGGAUGUCCUUCAUCGUCUUUGCGUCAGACAUUUGUCAAGAAGCUGGAUCUUGUGCCAUGAGUACUGGAAGUAUAAUGAUGGUUGCAGUUGCGGUUCUCUGGUUAUUGACGUCCUUACUGCUGCUCUAUAUUCCUUCUUAUUAUAAGAACCCGCGCUCUCCAAGGGAGAAGCCUCGGAUUCAAUUUAAUUCGACACAAAAAAUCUGGUGUAUGGCUGCCUUGAUUGCUGUCUUACUUAUCGGACUAGUCAACGGUUUAAUAAUUGGACAAAGCGAUGGUUUCUCUGAGAGGAAUGGAACUGAUGUUGUCUCAUCACCAGUCCCGGAGAUCUCCAGCCCUCCGCCAAAAAGUUUUCCAGGCUCCUGGGAUACUAUUGCCAUUGUUCCUGGCGGUUACCAAGGGAACGCCAUUUCACUGGCUCCUGGUGGGCGGGCAAUCGCGGUGUCUACUUCGUACAAUCCAGGCCGUCUCUCGUUUUUCUAUCAACCUGAAAAUAGUCUUACGUGGACAGUCCUGGGUGAGACGGGAGGACACAUCGGACCGCCGAGUUUCGGUAGGUCCCUCGCGCUUUCCGAUGUUGACGUUUAUGCUGUCGGUACUCCAGAUUUUGCUGUUGAUGGAGUAGCAUUUGGACGAGUGGAUGUUUGGUUCUAUGAUCGUGACGCAGAAGCUUGGUUGAUAGACGGUUUACUGAUUGGCAACAAGCCAAACUUUCAUUUCGGCAGCGAUGUGGCGAUUACGGCUGGUGCCGACUAUGCGGCAAUUACUUCAACUUCUAUGGAAGACGGCGCAUCGGCGGUCCAAGGCUAUGCAUAUAGCGAAGAGUUGUCGUGGGUUCCUAUCGGCCAGGAAAUUUCCCUUCUCCAGUCCAGUCCGGCAACAAGUGGUUGGAAUGCGACUUCGUCAUUGAUUAUUUCUCCAUCGACUGGGGUGGUCACAUUGUCGAUCGGAAUUCCUAUUCAGGAUAUUGGAGGGAUGGUUAUCGUGUGGGAUUACCAGCCUGCAAAUGAUGUAUGGGUACAGAGGGGCUCGACUAUUGAUGCGAAUGCUGUCGCCAGCUCAGACGACGGCGACGACUUUGGAUAUUCUGUUGCUUUAAGUGAAGAUGGCAACGUUCUCGCCGUGGGUGCCCCCCAGGGCGGAAACAAAUCGACGGGUAGCGGUGGUCACGUACGAAUCUUCUCAUUCCAACCAGGGACAUGGCAGCAAGUUGGGCAAGAUUUGACUUGUGGAUUGAACGCAAGACGUUGUGGGGAAUCCGUUAAACUGACAUUUGAUGGAAAGAUGGUUGUGAUUGGAGACUCUGGGUUUGAUGGUGGUCGUGGACGCGUUAUUGUUUAUCAGAUUGACGAUUUUGCGGGCGAGUGGUAUCAGUUCGGACCCGUCAUUAACGGGGAAUCUUCUGGUGGUGUUGGCGCAAAAGUUUCGAUUUCUCGUUUUGGAGAACUUGUGGCCUACACUGAUGCUACCGAGGGCUCCAGAAAGGGCGUGUUGGUAGAAUACAACCCAGAGGAAUAGCUUCAAUUAGUCAUUGUCCAUCGAUGUGACGGUCUGCAGAAUUUAUGUGCGUACUUUUUUGUCGGCGCUGCUACUUUCUGAUCUUAUUGCGCACGCAAUUGCUUUACGGUAUCUGUAUCGUUGGUGAGUUGGAACUCUGCUGUGGUCCUUCACAGAUGCAUACCGAUCAACUGUAUAGACAUGAUUGUUCCCCCAGAAAGCGAGGCAAUGCUAGUAUCGAGUGGCUAGCCAUGUGGGUCCGACAUUCCCGAAGACUCGACAAAUGACGCACUAUUUGCCUUAAUGAAGUUCGAGCUGCAAGAUUAUGUGUGUGUUUUCCAUUGGAUUGACACAUAUGUGAUGCCGAUUAAGGCCUUCACUGAUGC